UUUACAACGAAUCACUGACUGAAACUCCAGACCAAAUCCUAGAGAGCACAAAAUCAGACAAGAUCAGAUCCUGCUGACUCAUCAUUAUCAUCAUAAUAUUCAUCAUCAUCAUUACUAGCUGGAAAAUCUCUGUAUAAAAUAAUUAAAUUUAAAGAAAACUACAGGUUUUACAUGGCUGAUUUUCCAGAGAAGGGAAGAAAGCGUCGUAAAGAGGCGAGAGUUGGUAAUGAAGAAAACAUGGAGAAGAUAAUGCACAGAGAAGUUGAGAAACAAAGGAGACAAGAGAUGGCUUCUCUUUACGCGUCUCUUCGCUCUCUUCUCCCUCUUGAGUUCAUCCAGGGAAGGCGUUCUACGUCAGAUCAGUUGAAUGAGGCGGUAAAUUACAUAAAUCAUCUUCAGAGGAACAUCAAGGACAUGAGUUCCAAGAGAGAUGACCUCAUGUUAUUGUCUGGACAAAGCUUUGAGAGUAGAAAUGAACAAAGUAGGAAUGAUAACUCGAAUCAUGUCGUGAUUCGUCCCUGUUUGGUCGGGGUAGAAAUCGUUUUCAGCGUUCUGCAAACGCCGUUGUCAAGUGUGCUGCAUGUGCUUUCUGAGUAUGGUCUCUGUGUUAUUGGCUGCAUCUCCUCCAAUGUGAAUGGCAGACUCAUUCACACUUUACAGGCUGAGGUCAACGAUCUGGCUUUAGUUGACUUUGCAGACCUUAAGGUAUACUUACUACGCUUGCCGUAGUGAAGUAAACGUUUCCUUAGCGGAUUGUUUUAACUUGUCGAACCCAAAACGCAGUAUAUAGCUAGUUUAUUUGCACUUGUACUGUGUAUUUGUGUCUAUCUGUGUGUUUGCAGAUUUUGAAAUAGGGAAAUAUCGGGAUCACACCAUAUUUCAACCUUUUUCUUGUAC